AUGUGCGUUGGGUUUGGUCGGAAAACAGAGUUUUGGUGUAAAGCAGAGCGUUUACAGAUUUUGUGGCUGUGCCCUCAAUUUCGCUCAUCCUAUGCUUUUGCAUCCCAUAUUACACUUGAGUGCGCUUUGCAAACUCACCCAAACAUCACGAUAAUUGGAGAAGAGGUUUAUGCCCACAAGCAGACAUUGAAAAAUGUUACUGAUUACAUUGUAGAUGUUAUCUGCAAACGGGCUGAACUCGGUUACAAUUAUGGUGUUAUACUAAUUCCGGAAGGAUUGAUUGAUUUCAUCCCUGAGGUACAGGAGCUUAUUGCAGAACUAAAUGAGAUUCUAGCUCAUGAGGUUGUUGAUGAAAGCGGGCUGUGGAAGAAGAAACUGACUGAGCAAUCCCUGAAGCUGUUUGAGUUUUUACCCGAGGCAAUUCAGGAACAGUUGAUGCUCGAGAGAGAUCCACACGGCAAUGUCCAGGUGGCUAAGAUAGAGACGGAGAAGAUGCUCAUUCAAAUGGCUGAGACUGAAUUAGAGAAAAGAAGGCAAGAGGGUACAUACAAAGGGAGAUUCAUGGGACAAUCCCACUUCUUCGGAUAUGAAGGAAGAUGCGGUUUGCCAACAAAUUUUGAUGCCACCUACUGCUAUGCCAUUGGUUAUGCCGCAGGAGCUCUCCUUCGCAGUGGAAAAACCGGGUUGAUUUCAUCGGUGGGAAACUUGGCAGCUCCAGUGGCAGAAUGGACUGUCGGUGGCACUGCGCUCACUUCUUUGAUGGAUGUGGAGAGGAGACACGGUAAGUUCAAGCCUGUGAUCAAGAAGGCAAUGGUUGAACUUGAAGGUGCACCGUUCAAGAAAUUCGCAUCGCAAAGGGAGGAAUGGGCGUUGAAGAACCGUUACAUCAGUCCCGGUCCGAUACAGUUCAAAGGUGCAGGCUCAGACGCCGUCAACCACACUCUACUCCUGGAACUCGGGGCUCACUAACAUAAUUCCCCCUUGUCAAAUCGGCCUUUUUGCCCAGAAGAAGAGGAACGAAACAGAAUCGGAAGUGUAAAUGCCAUUUGGUGAAAGACACAAAGAGAAGAACACAAACCCAUGUCCAAAAAGACACAAAUGAAGACGCCAGAGACUUUGGCAGAUCAACACAGAAGAGUUAAGAACUCACAGAUCACACAAUCACUGACUCUGUGUCUGCUUUUUCUUUCUUUUUUUCUACCUUUUAAAAUUUUCUCUAGCAUUUUUAUUUAAUUUUUUUUUCUUCUGCUGUUUCCCUCUCUUCCAUAACUAUCACUAUUUAGGAUUUUCCUGUGAAAAAAGGGCUGAUUGUUGUAGCAUAAAUCCCGGGAGACCACCUUUAUGUAUGCAAAUAAAAGAACGCGAUCCUUUUUUCA